UAAAAGCGCUAUACAAAUACAGGCUAUUUACCAUAUAGUAUCAUCAGGACAAAGCAGUCGUUAUCAAUAUGUCCUGAAGCACAUUUCACACAGUUUUACUCACCUUAAACUAUGAGUUAUCUGUUUCCUUCCAAUCAACACCACUUCCUUUUUUUUACUGGACACGACAAUAUAACGACAAUUAAAACCAUAAAAAGAAUCUUACUCAGUACCAGUGUAAACUUUUAAAAAACCCUAACACAGAGAAAAAAAGUCUUUCUUGAGUCAAUCAGCUGAGAAGAGACAAUGGCAUGCUUGUUUAUAGUAUUGUUUCAUAGAUGGGUGUCCUUGCUGGAUUCCGGGAAAGGAACAAAACUUCCUCUGCUGCAGUCGCAGUCUCAGUGAAAGCAGACAGGCUCGCUGUGUGAGUGCAUCAUGGAGAGACCUGUUGCCGUGUCGGUGCGCAGGAGUCCCUCACUACCAGAUUACAACACCUCAACCUCCACCUUGGCCUUUGACCAGCAUUUCACUACAACUCUCAAAGGAAUUCUCCUCCAGGCUGAGAUAAUAUGUGGCAUGUUAGUGUGGAUUCUGGUUGGGGGUACAGAUUAUUUCCAUCUGCCUGCUCUCUGCUGGGUGAUGUUUCUUUCCAUCUUGUUCUGGAUUCUAACAGUUAGCCUGUUUAUAAUUUACCUCACUGGAGUCCACAACAGGAUACCACAUGUCCCCUGGACCACACUGUCACUGUGCAUUAACUGCAUUGCUACUGCACUAUAUCUCGUGACGGCAGUAGUAGAUGCUCUCUCCGUCAACCAGGACGUCAGGGGGCGACACAACUAUAACUGCUGGGCGGCAUCAGCGUUCUUUGCAUUUCUGACCACACUUUGUUAUGCAGGAAGCAGUUAUCUAAGCUACCGUACAUGGAAAACCACAGAAGAAGAGCAGUAGCGUCAUUGCCUCUUUUCUUACAGCAACAUCCUUCUUUUCUCUGUCAACACGAGCUUUUGUGAAUUCUGUGACCAAAUUCUAACGAAGUAAAGUUCAGUAGAAAAAUGAAAAACUUGCUGUGACGGAGCAGCCACUUGUUUUCAACAUGUUUAACCUUGUUUGUGUGAUGCAGCCGUGCAACCAGUGGUCUACAUACAAGCAGUUUGAGAAGAUAAAGCAGUGAAGGACGUAACACAAAAAUGAACUGAACCAUGUGUACCCAUGUGUACAAAGUGCGUUUGUUCUAAUACCGAAAAUGCUUUUUAUUUUGUGUAUUGAUUUUUUUCUUGAUUGCCACCAAUUCCCAAAAACAUCAAGUCAAAAACCUGCUGCUCACAAAACACUGAACAUUAUACAACUCUAUCCUUCAACCAUUAAGCAUAAAUAAAAAUGGUAAAAUCAUUUGUAUAAGCUUUGUGUGAUUUUGAUUAAAAGUGCAAAAUGUCACAGCUUC